AUGGGAGUGUUAAAGCUGGCGGUAAAGGAUGUGAUGUGCCACCAGGCGAACCCCUUGGACGAGGUCAUGAAAAAGGCGAGGGAGGUGGAGAAGGCCAGGCAGAUGUGCCACUACGAGGUGACAAGCUUGGCCAAGAACAACUUCAGGGUAAUAACAGUAAACAUGUAUAACCCGCAUGUUAAGGAUGAGGAGGUGAGGGCUUUUAUGGGGAGGUAUAUGGACAAUGUCUCCUCGGCAAGGCUCCUCAAAGACUCGCUAGGGUUCUGGAACGGGAGGAGAAGCUUCCAGGCUCUGUUGAGGGAAGGGCCUGGGAGGUUACCUUCAUCCUCCAGCUCUGUUCUCCCUGGGGGCUGA